AUGAACUCCAACGCGCUGGCAAACGGUCGUCACCGCCGUCAAAUCUCCACACCAGUUGCUCCAUACCAGCCCGCGCUAGUCAUGACCAACAUGCAACCCCAUCGGUCACAUCGUCGAGGCCAGACUGUGGACUACAGCUCUUUCAGUCAACAGCCCGUGGACCGACACACGCCGAAGACGGUCUCGCAGCUGCGAGAUUAUUUUAACGAAAAAUCAGGUUUCUCAUAUCAACAAAGUGAUGUACAGCAGUAUCAAUCCUAUGCCCAGCAGCCCGAGCGGUCUUUCAUCCCAUCAGGCAUACACGUACAACAGCCGUAUCAAUACCAACCUCAACAGUCGCUCGGGUCUGACUGCCAGGCUUUCAACCAAGAACAAUUGCAAGCGAUCCACACCACCACUGGCAGCCCUGCGCCCUCCUCCGUUGGUGCCCCGGCCUUGUCUCGAUCAACCAGUGAAAGCUCCGAAAACACACCAUUGAAGCUUGCGCUGCACCGCAUGCAACAAGAGCAAUUCUCAACCCAGCAACAUCAGCAAUGUACUGGCAAUCCCGAUUGGGAAUUGUUUCCUCAGCGCAACAUCCCAGUGAUCCAAAACGAGCAGGUGACGGCCUAUGCCGGACCAAUGCACCCAGUCUCUGUUCAACCAAAGGCUCCGUCUGUGAAAAUUCUUUCGCAAAUGUCUACUGCUUGUAUGCAUCUUCCUCUUCAAUUUAACCUGGCCGAGGCUGAUCAUAUGGCAGACAACUCCCCCUUGACCCCCGAUUCUACCCCAUUGAAAAGAUCUAUUGAUUAUUCCAUGUACAGCAAUGACCCAACACCUUCCAAGUCCCAAAGUUUCUCUUUUCCUCAAAACCCUGUUACUGCUGAGAUGCAAAGAGCCCAGUCUUUCCAAGGACUACCCUACGUCAAUUCCGUGCAGAUCAAACAGCAAAUGCCCUCCCCCGUCAAUUCCCCGAUUACCGCACCCUUCACUGAAGUUCCUGAUAUGCCAUCCCAAAUUUCAUAUGGAAUCAAGCCUCAAAAUUCCAAUGUAUCAGCUACAUCUUCCACCGGCAGAAUCAAGAAGCGAGCCCCGUCUACUGUGUCGUCUCCCAUCGAGUCAGCUGCUUACGAUGAUGACCUUGAUGCUCGGGUCAAAGCCUCAGUCCAGCAGACUGGUGUUUCGACCGACGAGAUCGCCAAGUUCAUCUCCGGUCCCGACCCCAAAGAUGGAAAGUGGGUCUGUCUAUUUACAGGUUGCCUUUGCCGCUUUGGUCGCAAGGAAAACAUCAAGUCCCACGUCCAAACACAUCUCGGAGACCGUCAAUUCAAAUGCGACAUUUGCGAAAAGCACUUCGUGCGCGGACAUGAUCUGAAGCGUCAUCUCAAGACGCACAGUGGCAACAAGCCCUUCGUCUGUGCCUGUGGCGCCAGCUUCGCUAGACAAGAUGCUCUGACUCGUCACCGCCAGCGCGAUAUGUGUGUUGGAGGCUUUACCGGUGUGGUACCAAAGACCACUAAGCGUGGUCGCCCUCCGAAGAAGAAGAAUAGUCGUCCAGACAUUGACACUCGUCAAGCCAAGUCCACUCGUACUCGUCAACGUGUUGCUGAAAAGUCCACUUCAAUCGCUUCAGCACAGCCACGGCCCACUCUGCAAGAUGCUCCCGUAUUCCACUCGCCAAACUAUGGCCCAUCCACUGCCGUCUCGUCUUUCACGCCGCCCACUUCCCCCGGACACAGGUGCCACCCGAUUUCCUCGCCGUGUCAGACUUACAAUCCCCUCGAUGCCCAGCUCGAGGAUGACAUGCUGCCUUUAUCACCACCCCAACUCGCUCACGCUAGAUACGAGCAGGCAAUGGCUCAGUACGGAUCGAACUUCGGUUCCCAGACAUACUCGCAGGAAUCUCUUUACAGCGAAUCUGCUCUCUCGCCUCGGGAGAUGUCUUCCCCCCCCUCGGCCCCUACUCUGGCCGAAUCAUCCCUCGGCUCGGAGAUCGAUAUCUUCAUGACUCAAGAUUCCUCCGAUGACUUGCGCGAGGAGUUCGGCCAUCUCGCUCACUCGGGUCUCCCCGGUUUCUCGACUUAUCAAUUUGUGGAUACAACCGACUUCGCCUCUGUCUCAUCCUACUACCCUGAGAAGACUUUCUCUGAUCUUCCCCACAUGGAUGAUGACCUGACAGACCCAAUUGAUUGCUUGUCCAACGAGUUCUUGGUGGACCCUUGA